AUGGAAAGAUUCAAUAAAGCAUGCCUCGACAUACAAAACCUCCCCACAGAAGCAGCCAUCAUGGGACUUAUCAACAGUCUACGUGAGGGGCCCUUCAGCCACUCCAUAUCUAUGAAACACCCUAUGUCCCUGAAUGAAGUGCAAGAACGAGCUGAGAAAUAUAUCAACAUGGAGGAAAACUCCCGACUAGGGGAAACCUCCAAAGUUGGGUUCUCCUACUCAUCUCGAGACAAAGAUAAAGAGUCAAGGAAAAAGGAGGACCAAUCCACGGAGAAGUCCAGGAAAUACCAUAACUAUAGCCCACUUCGGGUAUCUUUAGUGGACAUCUACCGGGAAAUAUGCAACACGGAAAAGAUCCCACCACCCUGCCCAAUUAAGCAUAAAAUGGGAAGAAGUCGGACUGAAUACUGCAAAUACCACAAAAUCUACGAGCACCCCACCAACGAAUGCUACGACUUGAAGAAUAUUAUAGAAAAACUAGCCCGAGAAGGAAGGUCAGAUCGGUUCCUGGCCAACAGAACGGAUGAGCCAAAAAAGAGAAGGAGAGAUGAAGAGGGGGAUAGGUCACCCGACCUCCCCAUUAUUUCUUUCACCAAAGAAGACGCCGCUGGCAUCAUCCCUGGGCAUGAUGACCCUGUGGUCAUUACCAUCAUACUGGCCAACGCCAACCUCCACCGAACACUGGUUUACCAGGGGAGCUCCGCAGAUAUCCUAUUCAAACCCACCUUCGACAAGCUUGGGCUACAAGAAAUGAAGCUCAGAGCAUAUCCCAACAGCCUAUUCGGGCUAGGGGACGCUCCGAUCCAACCCUUCGGAUACAUACCACUACACACAACCUUUGGAAAGGGAGCCCGGUCCAGAACAUUGAGCAUAGACUACAUUGUGGUUGACGUGAACUCCGCGUACAAUGCCCUUAUAGGUCGGACGAUCUUAAAUCAGCUCGCCGCAGUAGUCUCCACUCCACACUUAUGCACGAAGUUCCCAACUCUGAAAGGCAUAGCCACUGUCAAAGGAGACCAAAAGCUCGCGCGACGCUGCUACAAUGAAAGCCUGAACCUAAAAGGUGAUCCCAGAGGAAAAGAGGCCAAUGCCAUUGAACUCGGAGGAGCCCGAACUCACAAAGAACUUCGUCCUUAA